UGUGAGGGGAGUCAGGAAGACGCUAACCGUGGCAGUUCCGUGAGAGCGGCAAAGAUAUACAAUUCAUUGAGACUUGUGUACCGUUACCAGUGACAGGCGCCGAGAUGCCAAGAUACGAACUGGCACUUAUACUUAAGGCAAUGCAGAGGCCAGAAACUGUGGCAACUCUGAAACGAACUAUGGAGGCUUUGAUUGAAAAAGGGGCUGUUGUGCGAAAUCUGGAGAGCUUGGGUGAGCGGACUCUGCCAUACAAAAUGUCAAAGCAUAACAUGAGACAUACGAGAGGAGGGUACUUUUUAGUGGAUUUUUAUGCCUCCCCAACAAUUGUUUCCAACAUGUUGGACCAUUUGGAAAGAGAUAUUGAUGUUGUUCGACCUACUAUUCUGAAGCAUCAAGCACAAAAUUCAGAGGAGGCCUGCACCGGAAUGGCACCACCUAAUCAGGAAGCAAAACUUUUUAAAAGGAAAUAAGUGUUGAUACUGGUAUCAAGUGUAACUCUUAGUUUAACUUUGAAUAAAAAAUAAUAGAAACUGC